GGGCCGCCAGACCCAGCCCGGCCGGGUUCCCUGCCCCGCGCGCUCUCGGCCCGGCCCGGAGGAGACCGGGUCCCCACGGCCGACACCGCCCCUCCCCCCGGGACCCGGCGAUUCCGGACCGUUCCGACCGCGGACUGAGCCGCGAGAGCGUUGUCGCCCCGGGAGGCCCGCGGGGCUGGGCUGAGCGGACCCUCGCGGCCGCUCCGGACGCCGCAGGUGCCGGAGCGCGGUCGUUCUGGGUCCGGACUGAGCGUGUCCCGGGCGCCCACGGGUGCCAGCUCACUCUCGGCAGGGCAGAGACCACGGAGGAGCCCGGAGCCGGCCGAUCUGGACUGGACGGAGCGGAUCCCGGACGGUGCCGAGCCCGGGGAAUACCGGGCGUGGGCUGAGGGGAUCCCGGCGCCCUCCGAUCCCUCCGACUUUGGCUCGCGCGCUGGGACCGGCCCGGCGUCGCCUCGGUGGCCCUGUGCCCGAGUCACCUGUGGCCUCGGAGCCCCGGACCCGCUGGAACCUUGCUCAUUCCCCCCGACCGGAGCCCGGCGGGGGUUGACGGAGAUUUUUCCUGCCCCCUUCCUUGGAGCGUGGAGGCCCCGCCCCCUCCCACCGCCCUGAUGUCUCCGGUGGCGGCUCUGAGGACCUCCUUGAGGCCAGGGGCCGAGGGGUCCAGAGAGAGAAGCCCGCCCUAGGGAGCCUUGGGGGCCCCCAACCUCGUCUUGGGACUUGGCCCCCGACGCUGCUGGGAAGGAAGGUCAGUGCCCCUACCCUUGGGGGCUGCCCUCCUCCAAUCCGGCUCCCUUCCCAGAGCCACCCACAUCUGGAGCCCCCUUCACAUCUGGAAGGCCCUGGCCACCAUCCCUCUGCAGGUGUCUGUUGCAUCUUGACACCUCGGCCUUUGCAAUUGCCUAGGAGUUGUGAGGGGAUUACUGCUGCCUUCUGUCCAUCCCAAGGGCACCUCUCACCCUUAGUCCCUGCAGAGUCAUCCCCCUGCCUCUGUGUCCAGCUCAGCAUACCCACAGGCACUUCAAGUUCUGGAAACCACUCCUGAGACCCACGGCCCCUCCCCCUGCCCUCCUGUGUCCUCACCUUGACCCCCCUCUGCCAGACUGUCUCCCUCUGGGUGUCCCAUUCUCCACCCAGAGGUGGAGGAGCGGGGUGGUGGCAGGGGGCUGGGGCUGGGUGAGGGCCGCCCAGGGCCAGGGUGGGCUGGGGGGCCGUUAAGAUGUGGAGCUCUGCCUGGCUGAGGGGGGCUCCGUGGAGGCAGACGCAGCGUGUGCUUGGCUGGGGGGAGCAUGGGCAGGCCUGCGGCCACGUGGUGAAGGAUGAACAUUCGGGGCACCCCGGACCUCGGGCAGCCCAGUGACGACCCCAGCAGUGGUGGCGAGCGGGAGCGGAUUCGACAGCGCAUGAAGAUGGUCAUCGGGCAGCUGGAGGACAUCCUGCGAGAGCUUAAGGAGGUGGCCAAGGAACUAAGGGAGGUGGUGAGCCAGAUCGAUAAACUAACCUCGGACUUCGACUUUGAACUGGAGCCAGAUGACUGGACCACAGCCACUGUGAGCAGCACCUCCAGCAGCGACAAGGCAGGCGUGGGCGGCCCCUUUGACCUGGGCCACCUGGACUUCAUGACGGCCGACAUCCUCUCGGACAGCUGGGAGUUCUGCUCCUUCCUGGACAUCUCCACCCCGUCAGACUCCGUGGACGGCCCCGAGUCGACCCGGCCGGGGGCCGGCCCAGACUACCGGCUCAUGAACGGUGGCCUGCCCAUCCCCAACGGGCCCCGGGUGGAGACCCCGGACUCCUCCAGUGAGGAGGCCUUCAGCGCCGGCCCUGUGAAGGGCCAGCCGCCCCAGCGGACCCCGGGGACGCGGGAAAGGGUGCGGUUCAGCGACAAAGUGCUCUACCACGCUCUGUGCUGUGACGACGAGGAGGGCGACGGCGAGGAGGAGGCCGCAGAGGAGGAGGGGGGCCUGUCCCCGGAGCCUCCCCACACAGAGGCCCCUGCUGGCCCCCUCAAGCCCUCCUCAGCUCCCUACAAGCCCAGGCGCUCUCCACUGACUGGACGCCGCUCAGGCCCCACCUUGGUCCCUGAGCAGACCCGCAGGGUCACGAGGAAUAGCAGUACCCAAACGGUGUCGGACAAGAGCACGCAGACGGUGCUGCCCUACACGGCCACCAGACAGAAAGCCAAGGGGAAGAACUAGGGCUGGGGAGGGGCUGGGGGGCGGUGGGCACAUAGAGCUAUAAAUAUAUAUAUAUAUUUAAACAAAUGCAGUCAUAAUAAAAUUUUAAAAUGCUAA